AUGGAGGGUCAAGUCUGUCGCUUGCAGAAUAAUCAAGGUGAAAGUCUUGGGCGAAUGAAUGUGGAGUUGGCGGCGAAGCGACUUCAAAGAAAAGCUGAGAAGACGUUUAUCCUAUUGAACUACAGGGGAGACUACUGCAUUCAAGUGGAUCUACUGGCAAUUAUCAAGGCAUAA